AUGCCCCAUCUGCCGCAGGGUAUCAACGAUCGCCUGAUGAGCCUCCACCUGCAUCUUCAGGAAGGCAAAUCCGCCAGAAUCGUCAGCGUCUACGCCCCUCUGAUGAUCAGCCAUGACGCUGAAAUGGACAAAUUCUACGAGGAAACGCACGCCCUCCUGAGGACUGUGCCAAAGGCGGAUAAGUUGAUUGUCCUUGGUGAUUUCAACGCCCGCGUCGGCACAGACCAUACUACCUGGAGAGGAGUGCCGGGUCACCAUGGUCUCAACGGCUCCAAUGACGGUGUCCUGUUCCUCCUAUAAACCUGCGCAAAACACCGGCUCAUCCUGACCAACACUUACUUCCGCCUCUCGAUGUGGGAGAAGGCCACCUUGACGCACCCUUGGUCCCGUCUACUGGACUAGGUCUUCGUUCAGAGGCGAGACCAGCGGGAUAUGCUGGUGACAAAGACGGGCCCGUGUGCCGACGGGUAGACUGACCAUCGUCUCGUCAUCUCGAAGUUGCGUAAUCGCCUAAAACCUCGCAGAAGACCACAAUGUAAGCGACGCCCAUGUAAGCUGAAUAUUGCCUUGUUGUCUUUGCCUGCUCACCAGGUCCACUUCAGAAAUGAGGUAGCUUAACGACUGGGUAAUCUUUCAGUCGCUUCUGCCGCCGCCGCCGCCGCUGACGAGAACGCCUCCAUGGAGAAACAAUGGUGUCAACUGCGUGACACAGUCCAGUCGACGGCCCUGGCCGUUCUCGAUCGUGCACACCGCCAACACCAGAACUGGUUCGACGACAACGACGUCGCCAUCAGCAAUCUGCUCGACGAGAAGAACCGCCUAAAAAAAGCCUACGUAGACCACCCCACUGACGACAACAAAGCUGCUUUCUACCGCAGUCGCCGCCACCUUAAGCAAGGACUGCGCGAGAUGCAGGAUGCCUGGACUGCUCGCAAAGCUGAGGAGGUCCAAGGCUACGCGGAAAGCAUAAAGGCACUGUUAACGGUCUCAUUCCCGAACACUCCGAUUCUUGAAUUCGAGAAGGGUCCUCCUUGA